AGCAAAGAGGCUCUCUUUCCAGCAAAAAUCAUAUAAAAUGUAAACGCACAUCCACACAAACACUAAGACACAUAAAUACUUUUCGUUCUUGCAUUUAUACCUUUGUUUAUCCGUUGGAAACCCAAUUCAAUCACAACCCAACAAUCUCUUCCCUUCAUACAACAUACAUCCUCCACCUUCUCUCCAACCAAACAAUCCCAAUUCCACCCACAAACCUUUCAUGAUCAACUAACCAUUUUCUGAGAAAUUUCACACUUUUCCCAGAAAAAAUCCCCCAAUGGCCUGCUUAGUUCUGCCGGUUGCAAUUCUAAAAAGGCGGUGUUCGGGGUCACGGCUAGGCUACCGACAACUCUCCGACGAUGUUUUUGGAGAAUCCUAUGAACCGGUGACCGUUGUGGUGGGUAAGGAGAGAAGAGAAUUUGUGGUUGAUCCAAUUGUAUUAGAAGAACAACCAUUUAAAGUUUUGAUUGACAUGCGGAGGAAUAACAAGAAAGGAAUGAUUAAUGGUGAGAAGAGAGUGAUUUUUGUUGAUGUUGAUGCUAUUUUGUUUGAACACAUGUUGUGGUUGAUGCACAAUGAUUGUUCUUCAUUGUUGAAUCUCAAUCUCAAAGAGAUUAUUGAUUUCUAUGCUCAAGAUAAUUAAAUUAUAGUUCGUUAUUAUUAACAAGAAAGAAACAGAGGAAAAGGUUACUGUUUUACAUUUAUUUACUAUUUUAGUUUAUAAUUACUUGAUAUUUUGUAAAAAUACCACAGUCUAAUGAAUAUAUACAUCACUACAUAUUGUUAUAUA